AUGUUCUUUCUUUUGAGAUUGUUGUGUUUUUACGCACUGGGACUGGGCUAUGGGAAGCUUGUACGUGGACAGGAUGACACCCCGGGCACGGGAACCCGGCUCCUAUGCCGAGUCAUCCCCGUCGGCGCCGACACUUGUUUGGUCCCCGUAGGUCCCGAACCUAACGCAGCGGCACAGGAGGAAGAGUUGAGGAACACAGCCAUGCAGCUCCGGGAAACGAUUCUCCAACAGAAAGAAACUAUAGUCAACCAACUUGGGACCAUAAACGAGCUGACCGCAAAGCUCUCCCUUUGUGAGUCAGCCUCCGAUGGAGGGAACAAAGAUAAUCAGAACACAAUGGGAGAUUUACCCAGAGAUCCCAAUGAUACAAUCGACAACCUCGGGAAGACCAUGCAGAGUCUGAAGGACCGACUAGAGAACCUAGAGCAACAGCAGCAGAGAGCCAACACAUCGGGAACGUCGUUCCCCAGCGAACUCAGAGACCUGCUGCAGAGCAGGCUGGGAGAUCUGGAGAAACAGCUGCUCAGUAAGGUCAACAACCUGGAGGAAGAGAAGUCUCUGCUCUACAACGAGACCGCAGCCCACAGGCAGAAGACGGAGAGCACCCUCAACUCCCUGCUGACCAGGAUUAACGAGCUGGAGAAAGGUGGCGGUGGUUUCAAGUCCCCUGAGCAGUUUAAGCUGGUCCUCCCCCUGCGUACUAACUACUUGUACGGCCGCAUGACCAAGAGCCUUCCUGAGAUGUACGCCUUCACGCUUUGCAUGUGGCUCCGGUCCAGCGCCGGCCCUGGCAUAGGCACCCCCUUCUCCUACGGGGUGCCAGGACAGGCCAAUGAGAUUGUGCUCAUUGAGUGGGGCAACAACCCCAUAGAACUGCUCAUCAAUGACAAGGUGGCUCAGCUGCCUCUGUCGGUGCGUGACGGUAGGUGGCACCACAUCUGUAUCACCUGGACCACCAGGGAUGGUCUGUGGGAAGCCUACCAGGAUGGUCAGAGGCUGGGGGCAGGGGACAACCUGGCCCCCUGGCACCCCAUCAAGCCUGGAGGAGCCAUCAUACUGGGGCAGGAACAGGACAUAGUGGGCGGGCGCUUUGACGCCACGCAGGCCUUUGUGGGUGAGCUGAGCCAGGUUAAUAUCUGGGACAAUGUCCUGAAGCCAUCCGACAUCCUCACCAUGGCCAACUGUUCCUCCUACACCCCCGGGAACGUGGUGUCCUGGCUGGACAGUGAUGUGGAGGUGUUUGGCGGGGGAGCAGCCAAACUGCCUCUAGAGCUAUGCCAGGACCGGCUGUCUGAGACUGAGUCUUAG